AUGGAACCGAUCGAUCUUACGCUUCCCUCCCCGCCACGCGACUACGCCGGCGAGGAUGAACCCCGGAUGACUCCUGACCCCUUGAAGCCCCACUAUUCCCAGUGGCCAGAGGAUGAACCCCGGAUGACUCCUGACCCCAUGAAGCCCCACUAUUCCCCGUGGCCAGAGGAUGAACCCCGGAUGACUCCUGACCCCACGAAGCCCUACUAUUCACCGUGGCCCGAGGAUGAACCCUUGAUGACUCCUCACCCUGCGGAGCCACAUUACUCCCCGUGGCCCGAGGACGACCUUGGGUACCGUGCUGGCAUACAAGUUGUGUAUAACCCCGCCAGCGAGGGGGAAUCGGAGGAGGAGAGGCCAUAUGAGGAGGACGAUGAGUCCAAACAGGAGGAGAGCAGCGAGGCGGAAGAGCCCUUCUUUCGACUCCCACCAGGCGCUUGGUCACCCAGGCCCGGACAACGCCGCGACCCGCGACUAGGGCGUGGGGUGUAUGGUCGACCCCCGUCGCCGACCGAGACGGAGGCGCAACAAUACCAGCUUCCUCCCACUGAGGAUAGUGACGCGGACGAGCCAUUUAUCGUCGAGGAAGUAGACCGUACGGAAACCCCCACCUCCUACUUUGAGCUGCCGGAGCGCUGGAAUUAUCGGGGGCCAGCGAUCGCUGACCGCCCAGUUCCACCACCCUACUUCCCGCCAGCCUUUCGACGCCCUAUGACACCCAUCCUACGCCGACUGGAGGAAAUGGAUGUGUCCGACCCCGACGGGUUUCCCCUUCCCAUGUCCUCCUAUGACCCACCGCAAGAAGGUCCACGCUGGGAGUCCGCGUCGUCGGACGACGAGCCGGACGGGCCUCGGUUCCGCCGGCAGUACGCAAGGACAUCCCCAGCCAACGAGGAGUCCGACCCUCUCGCCGACCUACUGGAGGUCUUGGGGCAGGACUUGGUGCCGUUGGAGUAG